AAACUGCAAUUAUAAAGUAAACCCAAAAACUUGGGCUCUUCUCUCUCGCGUUCGAACUACCACCAGCGGUCGCCAACUUUUUUGCAGUCGGAGAAUUAGCGGUUGAGAAUUCUCAAUUUCCAACCCUCUUUCCUCUUCAUCACUUCAUCUAUCUCUCUCACUCACCACGACCCUAACACUCUCUCAGCCUCUCUCUCUCUGUGUCAGUCCCUCCCUCUGCAAAAAGAAAUUUCAAGAAUUGAUGAAAAUGACGGCUACCCAAUUUAGAGGUGGUACAUCUUCUACCGGGUUGAGGAAUAGAACCAGUGACUACAAUUCAGUAACUAAGAAAGUUAGGGUGUAUUCAUUGCGCCAAACGGAAGCUAAGUUUGUGGCACUAAGUAAUAGAAAGGAUUUGAGCAAUGACAGUGCUGUGGGGGGCAGCAAUCUGUCAUCUAAGCAUAGAUCACAGUACUCGCCGCUAGUUACUCAUCGCAGAAGGACCCGUUUUCCGGUGGUGGCUAAUCAAUUGAGUUCGGAGUUUGGUGUCGGUUGCUCUGAGGUUGAGGAAAAGGUGAUUCUUAAGGAAAUGCAUGCUCCCCUAACUGCUGAUCGUGAUGAACCUGAGUUGAGAGACAUUCCUGUCCCUGAAGCAUAUUCUCCAAAUGUGAAACGCGAGCUGCUGAUGCUUUCCUUACCUGCAAUUGUGGGUCAGGCAAUUGAUCCCAUAGCAAUGCUGAUGGAGACUGCUUAUAUUGGUAGACUGGGCUCUGUGGAGUUGGCCUCAGCUGGUGUAUCAAUGAACAUCUUUAAUUAUAUAUCAAAACUAUUUAAUAUCCCUCUCCUCAGUGUUGCUACAUCUUUUGUGGCUGAAGACAUUGCAAAGUCUGCAAGUAAAGCUUCUACUAUAGAAAAUGCUUAUGAAGACAUUACUAAUGGAAAAUCUGUACCUGCUGAGAGAAAGCAAUUAUCUUCAGUGUCAACAGCCUUACUUUUAGCACUUGGCAUCGGCUUGUUUGAGGCGCUAGCCUUGUCUUUGGGAUCUGGUUUGUUUCUGAAUAUGAUGGGGAUAUCAUCAAACUCUCCUAUGCACAUUCCGGCAAAAAGGUUUCUCAUAAUAAGAGCAUUUGGUGCUCCUGCAGUUGUAGCAUCUUUGGCUCUUCAAGGAGUUUUCCGUGGUUUUAAGGAUACAACAACUCCAGUACUAUGUCUAGGUAUUGGUAAUCUUUUAGCUGCGUUCUUGUUACCAACACUAAUAUAUUAUUUUCGUUUGGGUGUAACUGGUGCAGCAAUGUCUACUGUUAUAUCUCAAUACACCGUCACAUUUUUAAUGAUCUGGUUUUUAAAUAAGAAAGCAGUACUAUUGCCUCCAAAGAUGGGAUCAUUGCAAUUUGGUGGAUACAUAAAAUCUGGUGGUUUUCUUCUGGGAAGAACUCUUGCUGUUCUCACGACCAUGACAUUAGGAACAUCAAUGGCUGCUCGUCAAGGUCCAGUAGCUAUGGCUGCUCAUCAGAUAUGUAUACAAGUAUGGUUGGCUGUAUCCCUUCUAACUGAUGCACUCGCUACAUCUGGUCAGGCCCUGAUUGCGAGUUAUUCAUCAAAAGGCGAAUACAAAAUUGUUAAAGAGAUUACUGACUUCAUGCUGAAGAUAGGAUUGUUUAUAGGUGUUUCAUUGGCUGUAAUUCUGGGAACAUCUUUUGGUUCUAUAGCGACCUUGUUCACCAAGGAUGCUGCAGUAUUGGAGAUCCUUAGAUCUGGGGUAUUGUUUGUCAGUGCUAGUCAACCUUUGACUUCUUUAGCUUAUGUUUUCGAUGGUCUCCAUUAUGGUGUUUCAGAUUUUGCAUAUGCAGCUCGUGCCAUGAUGGUCGUGGGUGCAAUAUCAUCUGUAUUUCUGCUAUAUGCUCCUUCUGUUAUCGGUCUUUCUGGGGUUUGGUUGGGUUUGACUCUCUUCAUGGGCUUGCGUGCUGUGGCUGGAUUUGUCAGAUUGCUUUCAAAAUCAGGUCCAUGGUGGUUCCUGCAUAGGGACACUGAGACACCUCAGGUCAGUGCAUUCAUAAAUUUUGUGUGUUUUAGCUUGUAACGAGCGGAUAUUAGCAAAAUCUGGAUUUGGUUGAAUGACAUCCUAGGCUGAGUACCUUUCAUAAACUGGCGAGAGGUUGGAGCUGUAUUGCAGCUUUGGAUUCCCUAGUCAUAUCAGCUGAUUAAACAAUUUUUGAUUCAUUGGCAACAUCUGGCAAUAUUCUUUUAUUGUAUAUAUAAAAAGUAAGAUCUUUGUUAAUUGUUUUAACGUUUAUGUAAUCAUAUCACUCGGUUCAGUAGAGUUUUCCCUAUUCUUGCAACAAAUUAGAGCAUCUGGCAGGUGGUUCUAUCUGUGUACACUGUAUAAGAUUGAGCCUAGGGUUUCCAUUGGUGCGAACAGAAAGUAAUUCUUGUCCUCUUGAGGAAACUAAUACUGAUUCUGGGUGCGGCUAGUCAGA